AUGAGAGUACCCUUUCUUGGACGUCUUUCAAUCACAGAAUGGAGUUACAUCUUAGUUUCCUUCACCGUUGCUUAUACUGAUGCCUUUCUAUCCUUGAUUACAUCCUAUUUACCCACCUUCAUCAUAGACUUAUGUACAUCUGCGGUACAAUUGGCUUACCAUAUUGUUUUUAAAAAUCUCUUUGUCAAUUAUGAUGCAAGGGCCCAUAAAUAUACAUAUUCAACAGAUAUGGAGAAUUCAAUCACUUUCGAAGAGACUCAACCCCCUUCACCCAAAACAUUAACCCUGCCAGCAGACUUUAAGAAGCUAUCAGUUAAUGAAGCUCAUAAGAGUAUUGACUUAAUCAAUUGCAAAACAUUUGAAGAAAUGUGCCACUUGCGAGGUUUUGAUGUUGAAGAACAUAUAGUGAAGACAUCUGAUAAUUAUCUUUUGACUUUACAUCGUUUGGUCAGAUCACCUGAUGCUGAUACUACCAUUUCUUCCCAAGAACUGAGACGUAGAUAUGGCAACAGAGUUGUAUAUCUUCAUCAUGGGCUUCUCAUGUGUAGUGAAAUAUGGGUUACAAUGCUUGAAGAAGAUAAGAAUUUACCCUUUCUAUUGCACAAAUAUGGAUUCGAUGUGUGGUUGGGUAAUAAUAGAGGGAAUAAGUAUUCCCAGAAGCACUUACAUUACCCAUCUCUGUCUACUAAGUUUUGGAAUUUUAGUCUUGAUGAAUUUGCCCUUUUCGAUAUUCCAGAAACAAUCGAUUAUAUAUUAAAGGUAACCAAAGUACCAAAGCUUACUUAUAUUGGUUUCAGUCAAGGUACAGCUCAAGCAUUUGCUGCGGUAUCAAUUAAUCCUGAUUUAAAUGACAAGCUUGAUCAAAUCAUUGCUAUAGCACCGGCAAUAACACCUAAAGGACUUCAUUCGAAAAUUCUCGAUAUGUUUCUUAAAAUAUCACCCAAUGUGAUUUAUUUGAUAUUUUCUCGAAAGCUUUUAAUGCCAAGUGUUAUACUUUGGAACAAGAUCGUCUAUCCCCCUUUAUUCACAAACAUGAUUGACCGUUCAAAUAAGUUAUUAUUUAAUUGGGCUUCAAAGAACAUUUCCCCAGCACAAAAGGUGGCUUCCUAUAAUCAUUUGUAUUCGCCUACACUGGUGAAAACGGUUGUGCAUUGGUUUCAAAUUAUGGCCGCGAAAAGGUUUCAAAUGUAUCAUGAAGAUAUAACUUCGUACGCCAUUUCUCCUACUCAAUAUCCUAUUAAUAACAUCCAAGUACCAAUCACUUUAGUUUAUGGUGAUACGGAUUCACUUGUUGAUAUCAAAGUGAUGCUUUCUCAAUUGCCUCGAGACAACACAGAAGCUAUUCCUGUAGCAGGACAUGAACAUUUGGAUAUGAUUUGGGGUGCUGACGUUGAUCAGUUGGUGUUUACACAUGUUAUUCGAAAACUUUUCAAUAAUUUUGCUGAUAAAGCUGAUUUUCUGUUACGUACCAGCGAAAGUGUACACAACUUCCUUUCUAAUGGAACAUUCCAUUCAGGGCUUUCACUUUUAGGUGGUAAGGCGAUGGCUACUACUGCAAUCAGUGACCUUGGAGAGGAUGAAUUGGAAAACAGUGCUAUUCUUGAAACAGAUAAAUUAAGAGCAAAUUCAAGUUUGAUCGAAAGGAUAGAAGAAGUAUCCAACAAGAAAGAUCUUCUUGAAGAUGGAGAAGUUCUUCGUCGUCGUAGCCAUGUUGGUUCUUUGUAA